GAGGGAGUUGUGACACUGGUUGUUGGAUGUACCCGGCGAGCAGGGAGCAGGGAGCAAGGGCACGAUACACCGGACCGGACCGGACCGGAGAGCCUCUUUUGGUUUUACCGCUGGGGACGCUCGGACUCGUCGUCGGCGGCGUUCCACCGUCGAAUAUCGGAAUACAUUCGGCAGGAACAGCGUUGCACAUUUUCCACUAUGAAUCGUGCCUUCAACAGGAAAAAAGAGAAAUCAUGGAUGCACACGCCCGAGGCCCUGGCGAAGCAUUACAUAGCCUACAACGCUAAGUUCCUCGGGAACACCGAGGUGGAGGCCCCAAAAGGAACGGAGGUUGUCAAGGACGCAGUGAGAAAGCUCAAGUUUCAGAGACACAUCAAGAAGUCAGAGGGACAGAAAACCCCAAAAGUCGAGCUUCAGAUUUCCAUUUAUGGCGUGAAAAUUUUAGAUCCCAAGACAAAAGAUGUGCAGCACAACUGUCAGUUACACAGAAUAUCAUUCUGUGCGGAUGACAAAACAGAUAAAAGGAUAUUCACCUUCAUCUGCAAGGACUCCGAGUCCAACAAACACCUGUGUUAUGUGUUUGACAGUGAAAAGUGUGCUGAAGAGAUCACGCUAACCAUCGGCCAGGCCUUUGACUUGGCCUACAAGAAGUUCCUGGAGUCGGGAGGCAAAGACGUGGAAACCAGGAAGCAGAUUGGGAGUUUGCAGAAAAGAAUUCAAGAACUGGAAACAGAAAACUCUGAGCUGAAGAAGCAGCUUCAAGAUCUCGAACAGCAGUUGAUGAUUGCCCAGGUGCCCCCAGCAGGGAGCAUCUCCACAAAACCACAGUCAACAGACAUUUUUGACAUGGUCCCCUUCUCCCCUGGGACCGUGCUGGUACCCACACAAGCCAGCAAUGGCUGUCCGACACCCCCAACCGUACUGCCUCCAAACAUAGGGAAAGACCUGUUUGGUGCAGAGCCAUUUGAUCCGUUCACCUGUGGUUCAGCUGACUUCCCUCCGGAUAUUCAGUCUAAGUUGGAUGAAAUGCAGGAGGGGUUCAAAAUGGGACUAACCCUAGAGGGCGCUGUUUUCUCCCUGGACCCCCUCGACGGCCGCUGCUGAUCGCCCCCGAAGAUAUUUUUCAUUGCCCUCUUCUUUAAAAUCGUUUGUCCAUUUUUUUUUCUACAAGUGCGAAAAUCCACUCCAUAGUGAAGUUGGGAUGUCACCCCCCACCCCAGCCCCUCACCCCCACCCAUCUUCUCCAUCUGGAGUUUUAGAUCUGAAUUUCCAUUUAGAUGGUUUUGAUUUGUCCACUAUUUGCAGGUUAGAAGCAUAACAGAAAGAGACAUAUUUUUGUAAAAAAAAAAAACAAAAAAACUGGAAGGGAUAGUUUUGAGUUACUUUGCUUGCACACUGCGUGAAAGCUGUAUAUCGGUAAUCCUGUCCAAUGGUACACUCACUUUGUAUGUACUUGUCAUUUAAACUGUGUAUGCCAAAUUCAAGCAGGCUAUGAAAUGCGUAGAAUUUGUAUUGUUAACCUACUUAUAACAUCACAUAUUUUACUUAUUAUUAAAAUACACUCGUUGUUAAAAUCCUUUAUUUAACAAUUUCAAUUUAGAUUUUUUUUUUUUUUGUCUUUCUUGCACUUUUGGGAAGGGAAGGUACCCACUGUAUGUAAUGUCGAUAUCCAGUAUGAUUUUCCAUUAUUUUGACUGUUGGUUUGUUUAAUACCAUCACACUUAUUAAAAUGAAAUGUUAUUGUAAAAAUAAUAAAAUGCUACUCCUACUCCUUGUUAAAUUACACCAUCGUUCGAUGACGAGUUUGUUUUGGUUUUAGUCACGGGCCUAAAUUAAGCAACAGUCCUGAUAUUUUUCUGAUGGCCUUAUUUUUUCAUCACAAAUAUUUUUGCAAAAUAUAAUUU